GGUCUGUAAGGACAAGCUGGAAGGGUUCAAUAGUGCUUGUUCUGUUCCUGACAACCAUAAUGCUCUCCUACAGUUGCGUUUGUCACACUCACAUGAUCAACCCGUGCUGGAUGUCAUAACUGGAUAAAUCUUUAGUUAAUUAGACCUGUACUACUCAUCCUCAACAUGAAGAUGGAACACCUCUGCUGUCCACCAGGAAAGGAAAACAACUGAUUAACCUGGCCUGUCCAGGCCCUGUCCAGCCUGUGUCCUGUACACUUGGGGACAGUCCUAGCUGGAGUAACCAGUACAUGAUACUUUAGGCCUCAUACAACAUGUGUAAACUGGUAAAGCACAGGCUAGUAGCUCAUAACCAUUACCCAGUUUCUUACCUUACAGAUUCAGUGUUGUCUGAUUUUAUAUUUAUUGAGUAUGUAUCCUUGUAUGUCGUGGCAUCGCUGUUAUUUUUGAUAAACAUUACUGACUCAGCUCUUCACUUUUUCUUUUCUUUUUCUCAUUUUAAGUUUCUGUUCCUGCAUUAUUUUUAAUCGUUUUCAUUCUUCAGAGAUAUUACUUUAUUGUUUAGAGAUAACCAUACUGAAUUACAUCAACACAACACCCUUGAGUUAUAUUUGAUAAUCUGAUAAUAAUCUGAUAUUCUGCCUGUUUUUUGUUUUUUUGUAUAUUCUGUUCUUUGGAUUUAUCCCCCAAAAAUAAUGAAUAAUGUACCAGUAAAAUGUCACUUUAUUUGACGUUAGUGUUCAGAUCAACACUUCUGUGAUUUAUGACAAAUUAUGAAUGACUAAACAUGCAAAAAUAUAAAUGAUUAGAAAUGGUAAAUCUUUCAGUAGUAGCACUGAGAGUAGCUGCUUCAGAUUUGUGAAUAUUAUAAUAUUAAUCUGAUAACUCAGGAAAGAAAUGGAGAGUUUGUACAAAAUUGUAACUAAAAAUGCAACAAAAUUGCCUUUUUAAAAAAUAAUUGCAUGAACUGCUCUUGUCUCUUUAUAGCCACGUUAUGGUAUGAGCACUCCCCACUGAAUACAGAGCUGUUCACCACCACCUACACGCAAGCGUGUGUGUGCUGUGGUGUGCAUGUGUGUGAGAGAGUUUGAAAAGUUUACCACGCUGUUGUGACAGGCGGAGGGCGAGGACAGACCUGUAGAAGCACACAUAGUGUUAAGCGACGCAGUCUGGUCUCCGAGUCCAGCAGCUCAGCCUGGGGGACUUGAGUUCCUGGGAGUCCAGCUCUGGGGACGUUACCGGCCGGAUCACACAGCGAGCGGACACAUUUACGCACCACAGGACAGAGGGAGUGAGCCAUGUGAGACGCUACAUGUGUCAAACGAACCACACGCACCUGCUGGAGACCAGCAGAGCUCAGACAGCAGCACACAUACCUGUAGAGCAACCCUGAAAGCACCCUGAUUAGACUUCACAACCAGAUUAUGGCCCCACCCAUCAGAUAAAAUGAGAGGAUUAGACGAUGAGUCAGACAGUGGGGAAAGACACUCUUCUUCCAUGGCAAGUGUGGAUGACACGGUGACCAACGGGGUCUGUGUGCGUCACAAGGGCCCGCUGAGACUCCUGCAGGGGUUGCAGCUGUGUCGAGGGGCCUGGGGCCCCGGAGACCCGUGGGACAGGCACAGCGCACACGCUGCACUCUGGGGCAGACCGCCAGGGAGUUUCCUGGUGGUGGAUGACUCCUCCUCCCAGAACAAGCUGCUGUGUGUAUCUGUGGAUGGCCAAGACAAGACCGUCCUUGACUUUUCCAUCCUGCUCACUGGCACAGCUCUACAACUAAGCACUUCUCGUCUGACUUUCUGUGACCUUCUGCAGCUGGUGACAUUCUACACUCUAAGCAGAGAUGUGCUGCCAUUGUGUUUGUUGGUGCCUUCAUGGGUGUGUAGCCUGACCAAACAGCCAAGCCACCUGCUUCCACAGCUGGGCCCAAAGGCCUGGCUUUGUCCUUCAACAGAUCUUCAGCCUGUGGUAAUGACUCCAGGAACAACAGACUCUCAGGACACUGUGAUGUGUAGCAUACAGUUGACGACAUCCAGUGGUGCCCUGUGUAUCAUCAACCCUCUGUACCUACACGAGCACGGAGAUGAUUGGCUGACAUACACCUCAGCCAGCCCACAGCCUGCCAGUUACCCAGACCUUAAAAGAGACAGGAGAAUGAGCACAGCAAGACCAUGUGUAGGGGCGGGGCUAAAGAAGGGGGGCGUUUCACUGGACAAGCCCUCCAAUAGUAGUGACCAGUCAGUAGGGGGUGCUGUUCAGAGCCCCGUCUCGCCAGUGACUACAGAGGGUGUGGUUUUGCGUAGGUCAAGUUGUUCAACAACACCAGACCCUGUGAGGAGGGAGAGUGCAGAGUCUCUAGGCCCUGUUCCACAAUCUCCACACCGCGUGUCUUGGGUCGAAGACAAAUUCUGGCUGAACCCUCCUCCUUCACCCUCUCUGCUUCAGCCCCCAUGCCUGGAACUGGACUCACUGUCAAUCAGCAGCAUAGAGGAGGAGCCUGAGGCUGAAAGCCCUUCCCAGUUGCAGCACUUGUCCCGCCUCCCUCUGGCAGACAAGGUUAAGAACCGGCUGUCUGCGGUGGGCCAGGCUCUGGGCAGCCUGAUGUCUCCACGACGACGGCUGAGCAAGCGUGUGCAGGAGCUAAGUGAGCGGAGGGGCGGGGCUUUUGCUGAAGCUGUGCGGGGUUUCGUGGAGCAGAUGAUGAAGCUCAGUGCUGUUCCCAGCGGCAUCAGUGUGGAUGUUCUCCAGGACGUUCGUGUCUCCCUCACGGCCCUGAAGGAAACACUGUAUGACUACACCGAGAUCCAGAGCAUCACUGACACCCUCACAGAGCUGCCUGAUGUAGAGCUGGACGCCCUGCUGGAGUUAGCCCUGCACAAGGUGGCCCUGAAGCCCAUCUACACGCACCUGUACGUGGGUAUGAAGACGGCACGGCAGGCGGAUGGCAGCCUGCGGCGCCUGGAGGCCAACCGAGACACGCUGGCUGGCCACAGCCUUGAAGAGCUGGAGGGCACCGCGGGCGCUGGUGUGCCCGACGCCAUUACCAUGGAGAAGAUCCAGCAGCACUGGAACACCAUGCACCAGGCUUACUCGCCCAGUAAGAAGGUGGACACACUGCUCAAGGUGUGCAAGAACGUCUACCACAGCAUGAGUGCCAACGUCAGGCCUGGGGUGGUUUUUGGGGCUGAUGAUUUCCUGCCCUGUCUGACGUGGGUGUUGGUCCGUAGUGAUGUUGCUACUCUGCAGACAGACACAGACUACAUGAUGGAGCUGCUGGACCCUUCACAACUACAGGGCGAAAGUGGGUACUACCUGACUUCGCUCUACGCUGCUUUGUUCUACAUUAGCAGUUAUCGUCCUCGACUGGCUGCACGCCAUCUCAGCGCUGAAGCCCAUAAGUCCCUCAACCAAUGGCAUCGCAGACGCACUCUCCACUGCAACCAAUCCCGACGCAGCAGGAACCGUAGGACCAUUAGGAGGCAUGGGCGUGGUGAGGGACCCUCAAAGAGCAAUAAGGAAGCAGGAGAAAGCUCAUCCAAUGAGAGCGGAGAGUCCGGCGAGGUAACAAAGACGAGGCUGGCUGAGGAUUUAUCAGUAGUUGGAGAAGAAGAGGAGGAGGAAGGGCAACCCAUGGAAGAUCAGAAAAAGAUGAAUAACCAAGAACCCUGAGGGGGCUUAAGGUGAAACUACAGAACACUGCAGCUGGGCCAGUGUUAACGGAACCAAAACCAGAGGCCCAAAAAGUCCAGUCUGUAUGCAGAAAAUGUCCUCACUUGCAAUUGUGGACUCUCAGCUUGCUGAGAAAGAGGCAAGGCUUUGAGAUUCAGACAUAUAGGGCCACCUGCUGGACAAAAAUAUUACAGGCCUGCUACACAAGACGUCGUCUCAUAACACCCCUGCAG